CAUGGACUCCUCACGCAGCAGCAGCUGGUUCCCCACCCAGACCCUGAUGCUCCUUCUCUUCUUAGCUAUUCCUUUACCAGGUUCCCAGACGGCCAAAGACCCCAGCUUUCCCUGCACACUGGAAAGAGCUGUUGGGGAGUCUGUCCAGCUGCUACCCAGUUGCUCCUCGUGCCCUGAGACAUCAAAGAGAUUGAGUGGAACUGGGAUCGUGGGGACAAUGGAACACACAUGCUGGUGUCCUGGAGGUCUUGAUACCUCUACUGCUGAUUGGUAUGAAAUUGAAGAAAAAUACAAGAGCAGACUCUUCCUGACAGAGAUGGGCUUCUUAAACAUCACAAAUCUCAUAAUGGAAAUGAGUGGAGUAUAUACAGUGAGAACCAAAUUACGUCAAGGACCAUUGAAGGAGGAAGCCUUCAGACUCUGUGUAUAUGAGCCUAUCCCCCACCCCCAGAUUCGGAUUCAUUCAUCAUCCCACACAUCAAGCUGGUGCAAGGUCAGCCUGGAGUGUGGGGUGCCUGGGGCCACACGGAACCUGACAGUGGCCUGGGAGAGCCAGGACUUGUCCAGGGAGCUGGAGCAGAGUGGGGCACUGGGAGUGGCACCCAACCCUGGAAUCUAAGCCUGUCCCUGCCCCUGAGCCAGAGCAGCACCAGCCUCACCUGUGUGGUCAGCAACCUGAUGGACAGGAAGAAUGUGACCUUGUACCUGG